CUAAAGUGUAACCAGAACUGUCUGAAGAAUGCUGGAAACCCACGAGACAUGCGGAGGUUCCAGGUGGUGGUGUCUACGACGGUGAACGUAGACGGCCACGUUCUCGCCGUCUCCGACAACAUGUUCGUACACAACAACUCCAAACAUGGCCGCCGAGCCCGCAGACUGGACCCGUCUGAAGCAGCCACUCCCUGUAUUAAAGCCAUCAGUCCCAGUGAGGGUUGGACGACAGGCGGGGCGACCGUCAUCCUGAUCGGAGACAACUUCUUUGACGGCCUGCAGGUCGUCUUCGGGACCAUGCUUGUCUGGAGCGAGCUGAUCACCCCCCAUGCUAUCCGGGUGCAGACCCCUCCUCGUCACAUCCCAGGGGUCGUCGAGGUCACGCUGUCCUACAAGUCCAAACAGUUCUGUAAAGGAGCUCCAGGACGCUUCGUCUACACAGCUCUGAACGAGCCCACCAUCGAUUACGGCUUCCAGCGGCUACAGAAGGUCAUCCCCCGUCACCCUGGAGACCCCGAGAGACUGCCCAAGGAGGUGCUGCUGAAGAGAGCAGCAGACCUGGUGGAGGCGCUCUACGGGAUGCCUCACAACAACCAGGAGAUCAUCCUGAAGCGAGCGGCCGACAUCGCCGAGGCGCUCUACAGCGUUCCCCGGAACCACAACCAGAUCCCGUCGCUAGGCAACACCACCUCGCACGGCAUGAUGGGAGUUAACUCAUUCAGUGGACAGCUAGCCGUCAACGUCUCCGACACAACGCAAGUUGGUUACAGCCGUAACACCAGCAGCGUGUCGCCGCGGGGAUACGUGCCGAGCUCCACCCCCCAACAGAGUAACUAUAGCAACAACGUAAGCAACAGCAUGAACGGCUACGGUAACACCGGCAUGCCAAACUUAGGAGUGGCCACUUCCCCCGGCUUCCUGAACGGGUCGUCUGCCAACUCUCCCUACGGCAGUAAGUAUCACGUUGUUCCCUCCAGUCCGACCAUGGCCGUGUCUAACUGUAACUCCUCCCACGGAGUUUUCUCUUUCUCGGCUGCCGUCAAACAGAAGAGCGCCUUCGCUCCCGUUGUCCGGCCGCCGGCGUCCCCGCCGCCAAACUGCUCCGGAAACAACACCAACGGUCUGCAAGCAAUGGCCGGCCUCGUCGUUCCUCCGAUGUAAAACAUCUCCCCUCCCCACCCUCCCCAUCCCCCUCCCCCUCAGCCACGAGCACCAAUCACCUCAGAGGGGGCGGGGCCUCAGGCAGCAGCUGACCAGUCAGGACGGAGUAUCGAGCGUCUCCGUCACAGUAAAAAAGAAACGAAAUAAACUCACUGGACGAAGGCUCCGGUUUCUAACAAAGAAAAUAAUUUAAAAAAGGACUUUUCUGUAAAUGUUCUCAUGUUUAACUCUGUGUACAAACUGUGACAUCAUUUCCUCUACUUGUGAUGUAAUUUUGGGGAACUUAUCCAAACGUGAGCUGAAAAUUGAGGACGUUAAACAACCGUGUGUUGAAAGUGGAGUUCCUCAGGGCUCAGUGUUUGGUCCCCUGUUGUUCCUCAUUAACGUCACACUGAUUAUUUUUAUGGUCACAUUUAAAUCCGCCUUUGUUUUGACAGAAUCUAUUCUCACAGCUAAUUGGUCCGCUGCAAAAGAGGUGAAUACUGAACUCUGAGACAAUAUGCUUCUGUUGCACGACUAAAACUACUUUUGAGCGUCCACAUGUUCCACCAAAACAUGUUCCUUCCUGAGACUAUUUAGCAGAG